AUGGUUUCGGUCGUAGCUGCAGCCCUUACCCUGGCUGGAUGGGUGCCACAUGUCGCCGCCCACCUAGAGUUUUCUGGGGUGACCUCUCCAGCGCUCCGUGGCCAGGUGACGGUAGUGGAUGCUCCUAGUGUUCCUGUCUUCUUGGACAGUGCGAUUUUCGAGCGCUUGGAGCACUUCAAGGAUGUCGGUGUCCCUGCAACGUUAUCGGACCACAUCGGGCGUGCCACGAUUGCAGACGGCACCUGCCGCUCCGUUGUCGCACCCGGAUCUGGUCCUUUUCCUUUGGGUGGCUAUGCCUUUUGGCACCACAACCCAGAACGAGUCGAUAUGGUCUUGAAGGCGCUCGUCGGACUUCCUUCCUCAUCGCAACCCUCGAAGUUUGUGAUCGCGGCCAAGAAGCAGUUGCCCAGUGCUUGCUUCUAUGGCAACCAGACCAACAAGCUCGACCUCUACCAGCCGGAGGCCUUGGCGAAGACGCUCUACAACUGGCACCGGGCCAUCUGUGACCUUGAGUGGGAGGACCCGGCAGAACAGCCUCAGCAGCAGGCCCUCACUACUGGCUUCAUCUGCAUGGCCACCUGCGACACAGCGAAGCUGCAGCUCACAGCUGCAGCCAUGGAUGCCUUCUCAGCCAGCAUGGCGGCAGCUAAGUCAGUAACAAAGAGCAUGUGUGCUGCCAUGCCAUGGACCGCGAAGGGGCCCGUUACACCGCUGGACGGCCUUAAGUCCUAUGACGAGAUUGCAGUGGCAACUGAACCAUGGCGCCAGGUGUGCGGUUGUACAGCAUGA